CAACACUGGAGGGAGGAGAGCUGUAACGUCACUUUCCAUAAAUGAAACGUAUCGUUUGUCAGAGCUGCAGAGACACGUCUCUGGAUUUUCUGUCUGAAGAAAGAUUAAACUGAGUUUGUCAGUUCAUUCUCAGCACUUUACUCAAAUAUGGACAUGUCUUCUGUCAGCUGCCUGCUAUCCGAAGAGCAGUUUCGGUGCGCCAUCUGUCUGGAUGUGUUCAGGGAUCCAGUCAGCACACCAUGUGGACACAACUUCUGCAAAACCUGCAUCACUGCACACUGGGAUACUAAUAACAGAUACAUUUGUCCCCUGUGUAAUGAGGGUUUUGAAAAAAGACCUUUUUUGAGGGUCAACACUUUGUUCUCUGAGAUGGUUGGUGAGUUCAGACAGUCGGCUCAACAGAAAGCCAACCGCAAACGGUCACAGCAACAAUCGUUCAAACCAGUAAACGUUUCCUGUGACUUUUGCACUGGAACCAAACUGAAGGCCCUGAAGUCAUGCCUGGUGUGUCUGGCCUCCUACUGUGAGACUCACCUGGAGCCUCAUUUAAAUGUGUCAGGUCUGAAAAGACAUCAGCUGAUCGACCCUGUGGAGAACCUGGAAGACAGGAUGUGUCCGAAGCACGAUAAACCUCUGGAGCUGUUCUGUAAGACCGACCAGACAUUUGUCUGUCUGCUCUGCUCUGCUUUAGACCACAAGAUGCAUGAGUUUGUUCCUCUGAAAUAUGAAUGUGAAGACAAGAAGGUUGAGCUGGUGAAGACAGAGGCUACAAUUCAGGACAUGAUCCAGAAGAGACGAGUAAAGAUUGAGGCGAUCAAACACUCAGUAAAGCGAAGUACAGAAAAUGCGAAAAUGAAGCUAUCAGAAGGUGUUCAGGUCUUCACUUCUCUGAACAAUUUGCUUGAGAGAGGCCUGAAUGAGCUCUACAAAACAAUAGGAGAGAAGGUGACAGCAACACAGAAACAGGUUGAAGGCCUCAUCAAAGAGCUGGAACAGGAAAUAUCAGAUCUGAAGAAGAGAAACACUGACGUGGGGCAAGUCACACGCUCAGAAGACCACCUCCAUGUUCUCCGAAGCUUCCCGUUACUGAAAGCUGUUCCACCCACAAAGGACUGGACAAAGAUCAACGUCCAUGUACCUUCAUAUGAGAAAACUGUGGAGGGGGCCUUGAUCCAGCUGGAGGAGACCCUUGAUAAAGAGAUGAAGAAGCUGCUCGGUGAGGCUGAGCUGAAGAGGGUCCAGAAGUACGCAGUGGAUGUGACUCUUGAUCCUGAUACAGCACAUCCUGAACUCAUCCUGUCUCCUGAUAGGAAACAAGUGAGUCAUGGUGAUUUAAAGAAGAAUCUUCCAGACAACCUACAGAGAUUUUCUCAUUAUAAUUUUGUUUUGGGAAGGCAGAGUUUCUCUUCAGGCAGAUUUUACUACGAGGUUCAUGUUCAAGGGAAGCCUAAAUGGAAUAUAGGAGUGGCCAGAGAGUCGAUCAACAGGAAGGGAGAGUUCAACAUGAGGCUUCAGGACGGUUACUGGACUAUAUGUUUGAGAAAUGGAAAUGAGUACAAAGCUCUUGAUUCUCCGUCAGUCAGUCUCUCUCUGAAGUCUCAGCCUCAGAAGGUGGGGGUGUUUGUGGAUUAUGAGGAGGGUCUGGUCUCCUUUUAUGACGUAGAUACUGCAGCUCUUAUCUACUCCUUUACUGGCUGCUGCUUCACUGAGAAUCUCUACCCAAUAUUAAGUCCCUGUAGUAAUGAUGGAGGCAAUAAUGCUGCCCCUCUGUUCAUCGUCAGACCUACUGUCAAUCAAACCGCCUGAUCUUUGAGAUCAGCAUGUUGAGCAAUGCAAAUAAAGCAUUGCCAACAAUAUUUGUACAUAGUGUGUAUAUAUAUAUAUAUAUAUAUAUAUAUAUAUACAUAAACAUGCCAGACAAAAUGUUCAUACUAAAAUGGGCAUAGUGGUCAAUGCUAGUAUACCAAUGUGUUAUAGAAAAAAGUGCAUAUUCAGUUGAAAUGUUAUCUGAAUUUGAUUUACCAUUUGUGUUCUAAACUUAAAUAUUUUUCCUUCAUAUUUGGUUAGAAAAUUAACAAAAAAAAGGUUACUUUUAAAAAAGGUGCUUUUGUUUGACUUGUUAUAAUUUGAAGGCUUCUUGAAGAGAAACCGUAUUUGAGCAGUGUUUUUUAUUAUGCAGGACAAUGUAGUGAGAAUUAACAUCGAUGUAUUGCUGGACUGGGGAUGCAAUUGUUCUGUAUAUUUUAUUUUGAAGCAUUAUGGAUGAUUGUUCAGUCUUUGCUUGAAUAACAUAUGUACCAGAUAACAUCGAUUUGUAAUGGUUUCCUAACAUCCAUGGUAUAUUUUUUUAAAGAAGUGACCUCAAGUCAUCAACCUCUUUCGUGCUGUUGUGUUAGUGACUAUAACCAAUGCUAUGAAUUGAAAUAAAAACAGACUUUGUGAUCAUUAAAU